AUGGACUUCCGGAGGUUGGCAUCUCCGGUCGCAGGCGCCACAAUUCCUGGCGGUAGGUUAAAAACGCAAGGGAGUAAACCCAUAAAUCAAACUAUGAACGGUACUACAAACAAUAAACUCGUUACCGGCCCAGUGGGAUUAGGACCCCACAGUACUAGUUGGAUCGGCGCUAGUAGCCCCGCCGUCCCCUUCUUCACCUUGCAAGGGCGAGCGAAGUGGAAGCCCCACACACGUAACGAUGGUUCUAAACCUGAAAAUAAGACAACGGCAAUGCCGGAACAUACUGACAAACUUUAUAGAAUGGCUCCACUCGGCCACCGUCCUCCCCUCCGCCUUCGCGGUGGGAACCGUGACAUUUCAGACAACAUCGAUACUGACAACGACCAAGGCGAUGGUCAAAUUAUAAUAACGUCCACAAAUGUACGGAAGAGGAAUGCUGGUGAGUCUCCUCCAGGCGCCGUGCCAGAAAACAUUACUACCGAAAGCUUGGCAAUAGAGUACCACAUCAAAGAUUGCAAACUGUUCCUACAGGAUAUGAUUAUAGCGACAAAAAUAGGGAAAAAGUGGAUGCAGGGGAUUGAAGACUUCCUUGAAAAAAUACAGUCAUGUAGUGGCAAUAUCGCCCUCGAAUCAGCGGUCAUAGCUGGCAGGUACCAAGAGGCUAAGACUAAGCUACUUUCAGUUCAGGAAGCCUACGGACACCUUCACGCGUGA